AUGGACAUCACAAAGGCAAAUGCCCGGCCGGCGUGCGAUACAUGCCGCUCCCGCAAAACGAAGUGUGAUCGAGCUCUACCCAGAUGCGGCCGGUGCGUGAGGGUCGGGCAGGCCUGUGGCUAUGCCGGACCACGAUAUCCUUCGCGCGAGGAACUCUCUGGCCAACUGUCUCAGCUGCAGGACCGUCUGACCCAGGCUGAGGCCCAGAUCUCCACGCCUCACCUCCCCAAGCUUGCUGCCUCGUACACUCCAAGCCCCCCUCUCUUCCAUCCCGAACCACCAAACGCCGAGCACUUGGAUGUUAGAAGCAGUCCUCGAAUUCAGGAGGAUGACUAUGUCCCCGUUGACCCCAACUUGAUGGCCAACUUGACCCCUGAACCUAUCAAUGUUCUGUCAUUUACGAGCUCUUUCCCCGAUGGCAUCGACUUCUUUUCCACCAUGAGUGUCGACUGGCCGUUGGAAGGGCCUGGCAACGGUCUGGAGACAGCGCUGCCUGCGUCUGCCUCUCCCCAAACGCUACUUCAUUUUGGGGGCCAAGAAGGCACAGAGACACGUGCUGAGACGGGACAGGUGUCGGCCCAAGACCUUUCAAUAUUGCAUCAGAAAUACUUCAGCAUCCUUUUUCACGCUUGGCCAUUCCAAUCUCGACAGAGGUUCGAAAAAGAGUUGAUGUUCCGGCCAGACUGGCCACCGAUACUUGCCCUUAGUCACGCCAUCGCCCUGUACGCCACCACAGUAUCGCAAACUCACCAGCACUUACAGCAGCGCUGCUACAAGGCUGCUCGCAAAUAUAUCGAAAUGUCAGAGAUGGACGACAAUGAAAGUAGUCUGGCAAACCUCAGCCUCUUUCAAGCGCUCAUCUUUGUGAUUCGGUACGAAAUCACCAGCCAACCAUUGACCCGCGCCUGGAUGACUUUGGGACGCGCCAUCCGUCUCUCCAAGAUGCUCAAACUUGACAAAAUAGACAGCUAUGAGUCAAAGAUGACCCCGGUGGUCGACUUGGAGGUUCGUCUGCCGCCUCCAGCAGAUGCUAUGGAGCUUGAAGAACGGCGGCGGUCUUUCUGGAGCCUAUAUAUUCUAGAGAGUUAUGCCAGCACGCGAACAGGGAUUUCUUGUGAACUUGGUGAAGCCAAAUCAUUCCAAACUCGACUGCCAUCGCCAGGGCCUCUCGAUUCCAGUUUCGUAGCGAUAGACAUGCCAUACCUCGGCGAAGUCAGCGCCAUAUUGCCUCACGCCCUACCUCCAAUAUCGCCUUACACCGGCUGCAUACUCAUGGUGGAAUUGACUCUACAGUGUUUCCAGCAUGCCACUUUACGACAGGCCCCUAGCGAAGGUGUAAGCUUUUGGGACAAUCACUACAGGCUCAUCAAGGAAUUUACUCAGCGGGCUUCUCUCUUGAAAGCACACCUGGAUACCAACGCUGUGAAGACCGACCCCAUCUCGUUCUCUCUGCAUAUGAAUCUAUGCGCCGCCGAGAUUUACCUCCACGAGGCCGCUAUGAAAGAGAUACUUCUACAGCAACUGCCGCACUCGAUGGCGAGUGAGAGCAAGAAGUGCUCUACUGCAGCCGCCUUCCGAAUCGCCAAUGCUGUAAGACUCAACUGGCCGUCUCGCGGAUCCCAGUCAGAUCUUCUAGCCCUCCAAGCAACAUUUAUCGCCUGGCCGCUUGUCAUGGCAAUGAGGUUUCUCAGCCAGGAGCUCGCCUCUGUCGAAGCGAAGAGCAUCUCUGACGGCGUUGCCGUAUCGCACUCGUUGCGGCUGCUCCAGGCUGCACUGGAUCACGUUGAGAAAUCAGAUGGGUACUGGCAUUCCUUGACACGAUUUGUAACCCCGACGCUUCAAAGAUGGGAUGAAAAGAGCGCGUUCGACAUGAAUAGUUUGUGA